AUGACCAAAACCCCAAGACAGACCAAAAAUAGCAAGACAAGUACUAAAGUGGCACAGAAUGGAUUAUUAAAAAAGAACCAGAUGCAACUGAAACUGAAAACACCACUAGCAAGCAGGGAGAUGAAUGAAGGGUAUUUAAGGGACCAAAUAUGGAUUAAGGAG